AUGGAGAACUUCGUGCAAGGAGAUGAACUUGACAACAGGGUUACUAUUGAGGAUGGUGUUGGAAAUAUAUUUACUGUUGAUAUUGGUAUGGAAAUGACAUCUGGGAAACCUGGUUUUGUGUUUCUACGGCACUUGGGAGGAGGCACUAUCACAGAAGUCUUGGGAGGAGGCACUAGCAUUGGCAACAACAGCAAGUCCAUCGAGAUCAGAAAUUUCCUUGACGAGAAGAAGGUGAGGAAAGUCAAAAUGCUUGAUGGCGUUUCAGUUGUUAGAUUUGAAAAGGUGAAAGAUGAAUUAAUUUUGGAUGGAAAUGACAUUGAACUUGUUUCUAGUUCAUGCGCUCUUAUUAACCAGAAAUGUCAUGUUAAGAACAAGGAUAUCCGGAAGUUUCUUGAUGGUAUUUAUGUCAGUGAGGAUGAAAGCAUUUGUGUUGGUUUUUGGUUUGGAGACCCUUUUUUUUAACUUGUUGAGAUAGGAUUCUACAAUUCAUGUUGUCAAACUUUUCCUUUUGGGAUUUCUUUUAAAUUUUUUAUUUCUGUAUAUGCUUUGGUGUUGAAUAUUCUCUGGAAUUAGUAAUCUUUCAAGCAUUUCUAUCU